AUGGACAAAGCAACCAAUCAGAAGCCAGAAAUUGUGACAAGCCAACGAUUGCCCUCAUUGGCUGUUGAUCGUACACAGACCACAUGUCUAACCUCUGGAAAUAAUCUUGUAAAAGCUCAUAUGUCAAAUCAAUCAUACGACAGUAGCUACGAUUGCUCGACUAAUUUUCAUCAAUAUCCUACAUCUUUACCAAAUCAGUCUAGUUUAAAAGAAUCAAUAUUUCAUGAAAGUAAUGAGGAUAAUAAUGGAGAUACAAAGUCAACUAUCAGUAGUGGUCAACAAAAACAUGGUUUGAUUAAGAAAUUACUAAAUCGAACACAUUCAAAUAAUAUUAAUCAUAUUACUAGUAGUAAUAGUAGUUCAGAGAAAUUGAAAAUCUUGGAAUUACGAUCUCAUCGUCGACCGCAACAGGCCACAGACGCUUUACAGAAAGUUAUGGGAAAUGCUCAUCAUGCUAACCCAAGCUAUGGGGCUGGUGUUGGCGGUGGGGUUCCUCAUUCUUCCGAUGGAAAUGUCACCAAUAAGGUAACUAAAAAUGUAGCCAAUACAAAAUCACAUAAUAAACAGUUAGUCAUACAUAGUCAUCCAACUAACCAACAAACAUCAUCUUCAAAUGAUGAUCAUCUAUCGUCAUAUGGUAAGACUAAUCCACAAUCAAUUAACAGUAGCCAUACUAUUACUACUACUCCUAGCAAUAAUAAUAAUAAUGUUAUUAAUGGAGUUAUAAAUAAUCCAUCUAAUCCUACAACAACAAAUGAAACAAUUGUCCAAUUACAAGAAAUGAUUGCACAUUUAAAAGCUGUUGUCAAUGCAAAAGAUCAACGAAUACAAGAGCUUGAAAGGGAUAAGGAUAAACUGCGCUCUGUACUUCAUCAACAGUUAACUAGUAGUUGGGACGAUUCAACAUUAUCUUCACCUGUUGAAGGCCUUAAAGUGAUUCACGAGGAUCUCCCAUCUAUCAAUGAAACAAAUCUUAAUAAUAAUAUCAAUGAUGAUAAACGAAAUGAUGAUGAAUCCCAUAGUCCUUCAUCAUCAUCAUCUACGCCAGCUGGGUCUCCUCCAGUUACUGAUGUCACUACCCCUCCUCCCGCAGCAGCUUUGUUACUUCGUAAACGUUUAGGUGUCUCUGGUGAAUCAAUGAAAUGUGCACAAGAAUUAGUUUACCAUGAUAAAGAUGCCAAUUCUCGUCGACAAAUACGUGAAGCUUUACGAAGUAAUGAUUUAAUCAAGAAUUUAGAUGCAGUUCAAUUACAAGAGGUUGUCUCCUGUAUGCAUGAACAAACAGUGCCAGCUAACUGUUAUAUUAUACGUGAAGGCGAUGAUGGUGGACAUUUGUAUGUCGGUGAAGAGGGUGAAUUUGAAGUUUCAAAAGGUGGUAAACGUCUGUAUAUUAUGGGAGCUGGUCGUUGUUUUGGUGAAUUAGCUUUAUUAUACAAUUGUAAACGUACAGCAUCUGUAAAGGCUGUAACUGAUGCACGUGUUUGGGUGUUGGAAAGAGCAUGUUUUCAAGCGAUUAUGAUGAAAACUGGUUUGGAGCGUAUUGAAGAACGUAAAGCAUUUCUACGAAGUGUACCAUUACUCAAAGAUUUAUCACCUAAUCGAAUAUUGCGAAUCGCUGAUGCAUUAGAGGCUCAGUAUCAUUCAGCUGGUGAUUGUAUCAUAAGGCAAGGUGAACUGGCUGACAGUUUCUUUUUAAUUCAAUCUGGAAAGGUUCGAGUCACUAUAUCCUCACCUCAAAAUGGUUCAACCGAAACCAAAGAAACUGAAAUUAGACAAUUAACCAAAGGUGAAUAUUUUGGUGAAAAAGCAUUACUCGGUGAGGGUCGUCGAACAGCAAAUGUUUAUGCUGUUGGUCCUGGUGGUGUUGAAGUAUUAUGUUUAUAUCGAAAAGACUUUUUGGAAUUGAUUGGUGAUAUACAAGAAUUGAAAAAUAAAGAAUAUGCUGAUGAAGAAACACGAUUAUUAGGCCAUAGUUCAUUUUCACAAGAAUCAUCCACUGUUAGUAUAAGCACAAAAGAUACCGGAAAAUUAGAUUUAACUUCAACAAAAAGUCAAGAUGAAUUACAUACAAAAUUCGGUUUAAUUAAUCAACCAUUACUACCGGCUAGUUUAUCAUUACAACCAAAAAUUCAAUGUAAUAUACUAUUGAAAGAUUUAGAACAUAUUUGUGUACUGGGUGUCGGUGGUUUCGGUAGAGUGGAUUUAGUAACAUUAAAAAAUGAUCGAACUCAAGCAUUUGCAUUAAAGCGAUUACAAAAAGCACAUAUUGUACAAACUCGUCAACAAGAACAUGUAUAUUGUGAAAAAUUAAUUCUUUCAUCUGUUUCAUCACCGUUUAUUUGUCGAUUAUUCAAUACAUAUCGUGAUAAUAAAUAUGUAUACAUGUUAUUAGAAGCAUGUUUAGGCGGUGAAUUAUGGACUAUACUUCGUGAUAGUCAUCAUCUUGAAGAACGUACAGCAAGAUUUUGUUUGGCAUGUUGUAUUGAGGCAUUGGAUUACUUACAUCGUCAUGGAAUUGUCUAUCGUGAUUUAAAACCAGAGAAUAUGCUGGUCACAUCCAAAGGUUACAUUAAAUUAUGUGAUUUCGGAUUUGCCAAAUACAUUGGAAUUGGUCAAAAAACAUGGACAUUCUGUGGUACACCAGAAUAUGUUGCACCAGAAGUAAUUCUUAAUCAAGGACAUGAUUUCGCUGCAGAUUAUUGGUCGUUAGGUAUUUUAACUUUUGAAUUACUUACAGGCGCUCCACCAUUUCAAGCAUCAGAACCAAUUAAAAUUUAUAUGAAACACUGA